CGGUAGCUUUUUCCACCUGGAAGAAAACGAGGGGAAGCAGAGGAAGAUUUCCUAUCUCUCGCGCGCGCUAUCCCGUUCUUCUCGCUUUCUCUGCGUGAAUUUUUGCUUAAUCGAAGUAAAGCAAAGAUGAAUCCCCGCCACGAUCCGAACCCCUUCGAGGAAGAGGAAGAAGUCAAUCCGUUCUCGAAAGCUGCCGCUCCGACGUCAAAGCCACGAAUACCGUCAUUCUUACCUCAGUCACUGGGCUUUGGCAACAAAAAUGACGCAACUGUUGACAUACCGCUGGAUACAAUGAGUGAUACUAAUACAAGAGCAAAAGAACUUGCAGCAUGGGAUGCAGAUUUACAGAGGAGAGAAAGGGACAUAAAACGACGAGAAGAUGCUGUUGGCAGAGCGGGCAUCCCCACUAAUGACAGAAACUGGCCUCCAUUCUUUCCAAUUAUUCAUCAUGACAUAGCAAAUGAGAUUCCGAUCCAUGCUCAGAGGUUGCAGUAUCUGGCUUUUGCAAGUUGGUUAGGUAUAGUUCUAUGUCUUGUAUUCAAUAUUGUUGCUGUGAUCGUCUAUUGGAUUAAAGGCGGAGGUGUUACAAUCUUUUUCCUCGCAAUAAUCUACGCCCUGCUGGGAUGCCCCCUUUCAUAUGUACUGUGGUACAGGCCUCUCUAUCGUGGAAUGAGGACUGACAGUGCCCUGAAUUUUACUGGGUUUUUUCUGUUCUACUUGCUCCAUAUACUCUUUUGUAUAUUUGCUGCUAUAGCUCCUCCAGUUGUCUUCCGCGGGGAGUCAUUGGCGGGUAUCCUUGCAGCAAUCGAUGUCUUCCGUGUCAGUGUACUGGCUGGGAUAUUCUACAUCGUUGGGUUUGCACUCUUUUGUAUAGAAUCACUUAUAAGCUUGUGGGUACUGCAGAAAGUUUACAUGUACUUCAGAGGAAACAAGUGAAACCUGAUGCUGCCUGAGAGUGAGGACAGGAUAUAUACUGCUGCUUCAGAUCGUAUAUUCUUUCUUUUUUGUUUUUUUUGGGUAGGUGGGUGGGUUUUCCUUUGUGAUAGUUCCUGUUUGAUGAGUUUUGACGCACAUUGAAUCGCAUCUCACUUAUGAAGAUUUUCUAUCUCGAGUCAUUUGCUCAUUUCAGAUCCAUCA